AUGUUGAAGUCCCUGUUAAGAGGGGAGUCGUAUCACGUGUCUACGCUAUCACCUUUGGGCACCGCAGCUCUACGUCAGCAAGUCAACCUCUGCGCGUUUCACGCUGUCAACAUGGAGACCUUCAAUGACAUCUACCUCAACCUCUCGAAGAAGCACGGUGUAACCCGUUUCGCAGAAUCCGGCUUUGGUUGGAAGCCGACAAGCGGCGGCGAAGGUGGCACUUUCACGAUAGAUGCAUCCAAGAUCAUCUCGGCGCAGUGGAGUCGGGCGGCGCGAGGAUGGGAGAUCAAGGUGCUUUCACGAGACAGCAAUGAGGGCAUCAUUCAGCUCGACGGCUUCAAGCAAGAUGACUUCGAACGCAUCGCCAAGCUCUUCAAGGUCUGGUACAGCGUAAACCUGGAGAGCAAGGAACACGCGCUCCGCGGCUGGAACUGGGGCAAGGCCGAGUUUGGCAAGGCGGAGCUUUCCUUCAACGUCGCAAACCGGCCUGCAUUCGAGGUGCCAUACAGCGAGAUCUCGAAUACGAAUUUGGCGGGCAAAAACGAGGUGGCAGUCGACUUCUCAGCGCCGAACGAGAACGGUGCCGACACAAACGGGAGCCUCGGGGGUGCAAAGUCCCGCGGCAAGAAAGCCCUUGGUGCGAAAGACCAGCUUGUGGAGAUGCGCUUCUACAUUCCCGGUGUGGCGUCCAAGAAGGAGAAGAACGACGAAGGCGAAGAAAUCGAGGAUGGCGAACAGGGCGAGGAACAGAACGCGGCCAAUCUCUUCUAUGAGACGCUCAUAGAGAAGGCCGAAAUUGGCGAGGUUGCGGGAGACACGUUCGCUACAUUCUUGGAGAUACUACAUUUGACGCCUCGUGGACGUUUCGACAUCGACAUGUACGAGAAUUCUUUCCGGUUGCGAGGAAAGACAUACGACUACAAGAUACAAUUCGACGCCAUGAAGAAGUUCAUGCUUCUUCCGAAGCCAGACGACAUGCACUCCCUCAUUGUCAUUGGCCUGGACCCACCGCUGCGGCAGGGUCAGACUCGAUACCCGUUCCUGGUCAUGCAAUUCAAGCGCGAUGAAGAAGUUAAUUUGGACCUGAACAUGAAGGAAGACAUGCUCGAGACCAAGUACAAGGACAAACUCCAGUCGCACUACGAAGCCCCCAUCUCUGUAGUGAUAUCGGACAUCUUCCGUGGACUGAGUGGGAAACGCAUAACCAGGCCUUCACGGGACUUCAUCAGCCACCAUGAGCAGUCCGGAGUGAAGUGUUCUAUCAAAGCCAACGAAGGACACUUGUUCUGCCUGGACAAAGCUUUCAUGUUCGUUCCCAAACCGGCGACCUAUAUCAGCAUGGACUCGAUCGCAUCGGUGACCAUGUCCCGUGUUGGGGGAGCUAUGGCGGCAAGUCGUACCUUUGACAUCACAUUUACCAUGAAGAACGGUCAGAAUGAGCAUCAGUUUUCCAACAUCAAUCGUGAGGAGCAGCAACCACUCGAGAACUUCUUCCGGGCCAAAGGCAUCAAGACUAAGAAUGAGAUGGCGGAUGAUUCCGGAGCCAUCCUUGCCGCAGCACUCCAAGACGAAGACCUCGCCUCUAGUGACGGCGAAGUCGCCAAUCGCGGAAGUGCAGAUGAGGAUGAUGAGAGCGUCGACGAAGAUUUCAAGACGGAAUCUGAAUCCGAGGUCGGCGAGGAAUUUGACGAAAAUCACGAAAGCAGCGGCAGUGAUAGCGACGAGGAGAUGGCAGACGCUGCCGGCGAUAGCGAUGCACCGGCAGAGGAAGAGAUGGUGGAACGGCCGAAGAAGAAGCAAAAGAUGGCGAAAUGA